GGAUUGCUGCGGGAGUCGGAGGCUGCAGGGCGGGGAGAGUUUUGGCCCAAGCUGCCGGAGAGGAGGACACCUACCUAUCAUCAGGAGACACCCGGCUUGUGCGGCUGCGUUUUUCUGAGGGACGUGCGCAUUCAUUUUGUGGGAUAAUAACAUUGAAUUCGUCAGAGAAGUUGCUGGAAAAUUCACGCACGGAACGAGAGCCUCCCGAGCAGCGCGAUGGAGGAUGGGAAGCCGGUGUGGGCGCCACACCCAGCGGACGGGUUCCAGCUGGGAACCAUAGUGGACAUCGGAGCCGACAGCCUCACCAUCGAACCUCUCAAACAGAAGGGAAAGACAUUUACGGCGGUUAUCAACCAGGUGUUUCCUGCGGAGGACGACGUCAACAAACAUGUGGAGGAUAACUGUUCUUUGAUGUACUUGAACGAAGCGACUCUGCUCAACAACGUCCGAGUGAGAUACAGCAAAGACAAGAUUUAUACGUUUGUAGCUAACAUCCUGAUCGCAGUGAACCCGUACUAUGACAUCCCAAAGCUUUACUCUGCAGACACCAUCAAGCAGUACCGGGGCCGGUCUCUGGGAACGCUGCCGCCGCACGUCUACGCCAUCGCUGAUAAGGCGUACAGGGACAUGAAGGUCCUCAAGAUGAGCCAGUCCAUCAUCGUCUCAGGAGAGUCCGGGGCCGGGAAGACCGAAAACACCAAGUUUGUGCUCAGAUAUUUGACCACGUCGUAUGGAACAGGUCAGGACAUCGAUGAGAGAAUAGUUGAAGCGAACCCUCUACUGGAGGCCUUCGGGAACGCCAAAACUGUCCGCAACAACAACAGCAGUCGCUUCGGGAAGUUUGUGGAGAUCCACUUCAACGAGAAGUGCUCUGUUGUCGCAGGAAGUGUUUCCCGUCUCCUCCUGAUCAAGGAAAGAGGAGAGAGGAGAGGAGAGGAGGAGAGAGGAUAUGUUGUUUUCUUUGUUUUGUGUUUCUCAUGUUGUCUUCUCUGUUUUGUGUUUUCGUUUCAGUACCUGAACAGAGGAUGCACUCGCUUCUUCGCCUCCAAAGAAACGGACAAACAGAUCCUGCAGAACCGCAAGAGCAAAGAGCACACGAAGUGCGGCCCCCUGAAGGACCCGCUGCUGGACGACCAGGGCGACUUCAACAGGAUGUCCGUGGCCAUGAAGAAGAUCGGCCUGGACGACACGGAGAAGCUGGACCUGUUCCGGGUGGUGGCCGGCGUGCUGCACCUCGGGAACAUCGACUUCGAGGAGGCCGGGAGCACGUCAGGUGGCUGUGCCAUCAAGAACCAGUCGAGUCAGACGUUGGAGCACUGUGCCGAGCUGCUGGGCCUGGAGGAGGAGGACCUGAGAGUCAGCCUCACCACCAGGGUCAUGCUCACGACAGCAGGGGGCGCCAAAGGAACAGUCAUCAAAGUGCCGCUCAAAGUGGAGCAGGCCAACAACGCUCGGGACGCCCUGGCUAAGGCCGUCUACAGCCGCCUGUUCGACCACGUGGUGACCCGGGUCAACCAGUGCUUCCCCUUCGACUCCUCCGCUAACUUCAUCGGCGUCCUGGACAUCGCUGGCUUUGAGUACUUUGAACACAACAGCUUCGAGCAGUUCUGCAUCAACUACUGUAACGAGAAGCUGCAGCAGUUCUUCAACGAGCGGAUCCUGAAAGAGGAGCAAGAGCUGUACCAGAAGGAGGGGCUCGGGGUCAACGAGGUUCACUACGUGGACAAUCAGGACUGCAUCGACCUGGUGGAGGCCAAGCUGGUCGGCAUCCUGGACAUCCUGGACGAAGAGAAUCGACUACCUCAACCCAGCGACCAGCACUUUACCGACACGGUUCACAACAAGCACAAGGACCACUUCCGCCUCACCGUACCCAGGAAGUCUAAGCUGGCCGUCCACAGGAACGUGAGGGAUGAUGAAGGAUUUAUCGUCAGACACUUUGCAGGAGCCGUGUGCUACGAGACGACCAAGUUUGUGGAGAAGAACAAUGACGCCCUGCACAUGUCUCUGGAGUGUCUGGUCAGCGAGUCCAAAGACCGCUUCAUCCGCGAGCUCUUUGAAAACUCCAACAACAGCAAAGACGUGAAGCAGAAGGCGGGAAAGCUGGGUUUCAUCAGCGUCGGCAACAAGUUCAAGACUCAGCUGAACAUCCUCCUGGAGAAGCUGCGCAGCACGGGCUCCAGCUUCAUCCGCUGCAUCAAACCCAACCUGAAGAUGAUCAGCCACCAGUUUGAAGGGGCUCAGAUUCUCUCCCAGCUGCAGUGCUCCGGUAUGGUGUCCGUGCUGGACCUGAUGCAGGGCGGCUUCCCCUCCAGAGCUCCCUUCCACGAGCUCUACAACAUGUACCAACAGUACAUGCCGCCCAAACUCUGCCGCCUCGACCCGCGUCUCUUCUGCAAGGCUUUGUUCAAAGCUCUGGGACUGAAUGAGAACGACUACAAGUUCGGACUCACCAGAGUGUUUUUCCGACCGGGGAAGUUCGCAGAGUUCGAUCAGAUCAUGAAGUCGGACCCGGACCACCUGGCCGAGCUGGUGAAGAAGGUGAACAAGUGGCUGAUCCACAGCCGCUGGAAGAAGGUCCAGUGGUGCGCUCUGUCCGUCAUCAAACUGAAGAACAAGAUCUUGUACCGGACCAGCGCCUGCAUCAAGAUGCAGAAGACGGUCCGGAUGUGGCUCUGCAGAAAGAAGCACAAACCUCGGAUCGACGGGUUAGUGAAGGUGCGUAACCUGAAGACGAGGAUGGGCCGCUUUAACGAGGUGGUGGCCGGGCUGAAGGAGGGCAAACAGGAGAUGAGCAAACAGAUCACCGACCUGGACGCCGCCAUCGACUCCCUGAUGGUCAAAAUCAAGGGCACCGUGAUGAGCCGCAUCGAGAUCGACCACGAGUUCCAGGCGCUGGUGACGCGGUCGGAGCAGCUGCUGACCGCCAUGCAGAACAAGAAGAAGGAGGAGGAGGAGCGGGAGCGGCUGCGACGCAUCCAGGAGGAGAUGGAGCGGGAGAAGAAGAGGAGGGACGAGGAGGAGCAGCGACGCAAGCAGGAGGAGGACGACCGGAAACUGAAAUCAGAGAUGGAGGUGAAGAGGAAGCAGGAAGAGGAGGAGAGGAAGAGGAGGGAGGAGGAGGAGAGGAAGCUCCAGGAGGAGAUGGAGGUGCAGCUGCUGGCCGAGCGGGAGGAGGAAGCGUCCCGGCAGACCGUCCUGGAGCAGGAGAGGAGGGACCGCGAGCUGGCGCUGAGGAUCGCUCAGAGCGAGUCCGAGCUGAUACCCGAGGAAGGGCAGAACGACGCGGGGCUGCGCAGUAACGGCUCCUCAGUUCCAUCGUCCCCAGAGAGAGCAGCCUCGGCUGGAACCCCCAAACUCAAGAGCUUGACCAUGGAAGAGAUGGCGAAGGAAAUGACUGAACUUCUGGCCCGAGGUCCACAGGUCCAGGCCUCCAAGGCCGCUGCUGUCGGGACCAAGAAGUACGAGCUGAGCAAGUGGAAGUACGCCGAGCUGCGGGACGCCAUCAAUACCUCAUGUGACAUCGAGCUGCUGGCCGCCUGCAGAGAGGAGUUCCAUCGCCGGCUCAAAGUGUACCACGCCUGGAAAUCAAAGAACAAGAAGAGGAACACGGAGUCGGAGCAGCGAGUGCCCAAAUCCAUCACCGACUACGAUCAUUCACCUCCUGUGAAAAAAGCAUCCCAGCAGAACCCGGCGCCGCCCAUCCCGGCCCGGCAGUACGAGGUGGCGAUGAACCGGCAGCAGCGCUACUUCCGCAUCCCGUUCAUCCGGCCGGGCGACCAGUACAAAGACCCGCAGAACAAGAAGAAGGGCUGGUGGUACGCCCACUUCGACGGGCCCUGGAUCGCCCGGCAGAUGGAGCUGCACCCGGAUAAACACCCCAUCCUGCUGGUGGCAGGAAAGGACGACAUGGAGAUGUGCGAGCUGAGUCUGGAGGAGACGGGCCUGUCGAGGAAACGCGGCGCCGAGAUCCUCCCCCGGCAGUACGAGGAGAUCUGGGAGCGCUGCGGCGGCAUCCAGUACCUCCGCAGCGCCAUCGAGAGCCGGCAGGCGCGGCCCACCUACGCCACGGCCAUGCUGCAGAGCAUGUUCAAGUGACGGGGGGGGGAGGGGCGUGACUCCGCACCGUAAACAAAGGGACAAACGCACCAGCUACCUAACACAGAUGGCGUGUGAGCGUACUGCACCAGGUUCUGACCGGCCUUCAGCGAUCUCUCUCCCUUUUGUUUCUUUUGUUUCGGUUCUUUCUGGCUUUUUGUUUUGGGGGGGUGGGGGAGGUUGUUUUUUUGGGGGGAGUUUUUGCGUUGAACCCUAUGCAGAAGAAAAUCAGUAAAUUAUCACAUGGGGUUGUUUUCCCUCUCUGUCUUUUCUUGAGUCUAACUACGAGGCCUUAACACUUCUUUAACAGGGUUUAGACGCCACAGGUAGGAAUUUACUUUCUGAUUAUUUUUUUUCGUUUUUGUUCAAAGCUGCCUCCCCAAAACGCGACAACUUAAUCCUUUGUAAUUGUGCAUUCCUGAUUAUGAAGUCUCACCGGUGUGUAGCUUCCAUGGUAACAGCUAGCUGGUGACCCCCCCCCCCCCAUCUCUCCGACGUUCAACCUGCUGUUUACACCGUCUCCACGUUCAGGAAGCUCGCACACGGAGGCGUCACGGCGUGAAUCCACUCACAAUUAAGACGAAUAUUCUCAAAUUCAGUUUUUUGUUUUUUCCUUUUGUCUUUCCAAGCGAAUGUAACUGGAGACCUCGUCGAUUGGUCCGUGUAGUGAUUCCUCUUUUUUCUCCUCAUCAUGUGUGAUUUAACGUGUAACGCUAAUUAACGACAACGGUCCAGAAAACGUUUGAGACCAAACUUUGAACCCUCGUUUGGGGUUUUUCUUUUUUUUUUUUUGUGGCCAGAGCAGGAAAUUCAGCUCCAUGAUUAUUGUUUUUUUUUUGUGUGUGUGUCUUUGUUUAUCAAGCGAAGCAGAAAAUGUGAAAUAAUUAUGCAACUCCUCGUGGGCUGUUGGAGAACAGAUCAGCGCUGCAAAAAAAUCAUCCCGCCUUCAGUCUUCAAAAUCUCGCCGAUCGUGUUUUCAUUGAUCGUCCUAAAAUAUGAGAAGUUCAAAUCACGCCGGUGCAGGUACCUGAUGUGCUCCGGUUUGUCAGAUCUGCACGGGUCUACAUUUGUAUGAUGAUGUAGCACGUUGUGAUUGGCUGUGAGUCAGGAAGUCAGAGAGAGAGAUCGACGUCUCCCCAUGAAAGACGAAGAACUCGAACACACGGCGUCCAAACUGACUUUCAUGUUGCACAGCUGAUGUGAGUCCCCGUCUGAACGCAUUAACACGCCAAUAUUCAGGUGAGAGACGGGUGUGACAUGUUUCACCGCUCUUGUAUUUCGUGGUUAAAAUCCUCGAUAUAUUCAAAGCGUUCAUCCUUAUCCUGCGUCUGAAGACCGGACAGAAACUACAUCUGUGAACUCUCCAACAAACAGCCAAUUACAACGCGCUACAUCAUCGUACAAACGCCGUCGAAGGACCCCGAGCAGAUCUGACCGCCUGAGAAGAUCUGGUACCUUCACCGGAUUGGACGCGUUUCCUUCCCUGUGAGAAGGUCGCCGUUAACCGUACGAAACACUGGUACUCUCCGAUGAACUGGAACAUUCAUACGACACAGCGGGCUCAGUUUGUUGCGUCCAGCAGCGAUGUGGAAAGUUUAUUUUUCAAACACUUUCUGCUCGCGGCUCGGGGCUCGUGAGUUCGUCCUGGACAAGCAAUAAAUCGACGCUUAGAGAAAAAAAAAACGGGCACAAAGACAAUCUGCUCAACCUGCUUUGUUCACCUGAUGCCAAGUCUGCCCCUCACCUCUCUCUCUCUCUCUCUUUGAGUCUUCUCUGCACAAUGAAAUGUGACUUGGAUGUUCUGAAAGCAUGACGAGUUGUCUGUCUGUGAAGUCGUGGAUCCUUUUACAAUGCGGUGUUAACAUGCAGGAAAGACGACUCGUAAUCAGCCAAUCAGCUACAAGAUACACUCAAAGUCUGAUCAGGAAGCAAAGACAGGAAGUUAGAUUCUUCAAAAGUUAACGUUUCAAUCCUCCAUAGGAAGAAGAACGUCUUAAAUAUAGCAGCUGUUCCCUUCUUUAGAUCAAACAUUAAUAACAAAAACCUGACUGUUCUCACCUUAAAAUAUUAUGUUCCCUCCAAAAUAAGCAACUUUAUAAGUCUCAUGAUUUAAAACAGGUUUUAAAACCGAGAUCCAAAAGGCAUCUGGACUUCAUUGAAGAUCAGUCCAGUUGCCUUUUGGAUCUAGCCUCGGUUUGCCAUGAAACUGGAUGACUGAGAACCUUCACCGGGUUUUAAAAACUUUGUGAUGCACAGCAUGUCUGAGGGAAAAGAUUUUCUAAAGCCCCGUUUCCACCAGGCGGUCCAGAUUGGUUUGAUUCUGCCCGGUUUGAGACAGUAAACCCUGAUGUCCCUUGAGUUUCCACCACCAACCUGUUACCAUACUUGGUAAACAGAGUGUAAGCUGGAUGGCGUUAACCGCGUCCGCUACACUAACGAGAUAACAGCAGCAUGAUACACUGGAGCCGCCAAUAGAGGCCUUCAAUGGGGCGGAGCUACGCGCCCACAUUAGUCACAAAGAACAAAAACAGCCUUAAAAUUACUCUUUAAAAAUCCAUGAGAUAUUGAAACAUGGCCAGUUUGUGUUCGUCCUUUACUACCGCUGUUGCACAGGAAGUGACGCUUCUUUCGACCACUGCCAGUACAAUUGGCACCCCAACAGAAGGGUAGCAAAAACGUAGGACAGUACAGUUCUUUGUUUUUUGGUUCCAUUCCCAACUUUGGACUGGAAAGGCCAAUAAAUGCUUACAGUACAGUACCAAACUGAACCGGAGCGCUUGGUGAAAACAGGUUUAAAAGUGCCAAAGAUAGUUCCAAAAAAAACAAAGAUGUUCCUGAUUAACUGCAGAUUGUAAAGUAGAACGCAAACAGCUGAAAUACGUGGCUCAAAAGGUUGACUUAAAAAGCCAUAAAAGGAUCAACAUUGUCUCUAUUUUUUAAACCUUUAAGGUCGACUGUCAUUCAAGCAGCAUCAGACCGUUUCACAGAUCCAAACUAGUGAUGAAGCCGUCGACUACGAGGUCAGAAGUGUAAAUAACACGUAUUAUACUUCCUGCAUUAUGUUGGACUUCUUGUUCAUCAUUAAUGCUCAGAUGUUCAGCAUGCCACAAUUUAGAAGCCAGCACUUAAUUUAGCUCGUACUUAACGCCUCAACAGCAUUUAAACCCCGCCCCCUUGUUGUGUAACCAGUUGUGAUUGGCAAGAUCUUAAAAAAUGUUGGCUAGAAAUCUGUCUCCCUCCUGAGCAAAAUGUUUUCUGAGAACACAACAAACCUUCUAACUCAAAGUUUUCUGUCUGGUUUGGUCUCUUCCAUACUAGAAACCAUUCGACCCAUGACAUCAAAUACAUGAAUUAAAGAGACACACACAUAAAACAGGACCACUGCACUUCCCCCUCUGAUAUACUGAGCUUUAAAUCUGAUUAUCUAGUUUCCCAAAAUGCACCAAUUACCCAACAAAGAAUCAGAGAUAACGUUAGAAACAUGACCACCAGCACACGUCUCCAUCUGGAGCCGUGCCGGUGAGAUGAGGACUUUUCCUGUCUGUUAACGCCGUCUGUAGAGGUGACACUUUUCAGAGCUCUGUACCCGAGUCGGUCGGCUGCUGUCGGUUGAACAGCUGAGUGACGAGCUGGAAACACUUCCUCAUCCUGCAUUCGCUGCCAUCUGUUUCUCUCCACACAUUACAAUCAUUCCUCGGGAAGCACUGCCUUUUGUCCACUCGUUGUCGUUUUUUCUAACGCUGAUCUCUCUAACAGAUGAAUAAAUGCAUUCCAUGUUUCA